GCUCGCCGGUCCCCCAGUCAGGGCGGCAGCUGCCAUGGGCACCGACAGCCGCGCGGCCGGGGCGCUCCUGGCGCGGGCCAGCACCCUGCACCUGCAGACCGGGAACCUGCUCAACUGGGGCCGCCUGCGGAAAAAGUGUCCGUCCACGCACAGCGAGGAGCUUCGAGACUGUAUCCAAAAGACCUUGAAUGAGUGGAGUUCCCAAAUUAGCCCCGAUUUGAUCAGGGAAUUUCCAGAUGUCUUGGAAUGCACUGUGUCCCACGCACUUGAGAAGAUAAACCCCGAUGAAAGAGAAGAAAUGAAAGUGUCUGCAAAACUGUUCAUUGUAGGAUCGAAUUCUUCGUCAUCAACUAGAAGUGCAGUUGACAUGGGUAAGCAAAAAUUUAUCUUUUUCAUAAUAACGGAUUUCGUGCUCGUCCUUGGAGUUGCACAGCUGGACUCGGUGAUCAUCGCCUCACCUCCCAUUGAAGACGGGGUCAACCUUUCCUUGGAGCAUCUGCAGCCCUACUGGGAGGAACUAGAAAACUUAGUUCAGAGCAAGAAAAUUGUUGCUAUAGGCACCUCUGAUCUAGACAAGACACAGCUGGAGCAGCUGUACCAGUGGGCACAGGUAAAACCAAAUAGUAAUCAAGUUAAUCUUGCCUCCUGCUGCGUGAUGCCACCAGAUUUGACUGCAUUUGCUAAAAAAUUUGACAUACAGCUACUGACUCAUAAUGACCCAAAAGAACUGCUUUCUGAGGCAAGUUUCCAAGAAGCUCUUUCAGGAAAGCAUCCUGACAUUGAAGCCCAGGAGUGGGUGCCGCUGUGGCUGCUGAGAGUACUCUGUCAUCGUGAAAGCAGAGGAAUCAUCAAGUCAAAAGGCUACAUCUUGCAAGCAAAAGAAGGGUUUCUUAACUACAACUCAAGCUCAAUAACUUACUGA